CACACUGAAACCCUCGCUAAAACCCUAGGACCUAGAACCUUCUAUUCCUCUCUAGAGCAACUUCAUCUUUGCUGUGCCAGUCUCCUCUCAUUUCUGUCAUUUUAAAAGAGAGAUCCAUCCGGCCAAAUUAUUUUGCCUAUCGGACGAGAAAUACUGAAAUAUUAGUUAGCUUAGCAGAGAGAGCAACAACUACUGGGAUGGCAAAGCGUUUGAUUCCAACCCUUAAUCGCGUUCUGGUGGAGAAGGUCAUUCCUCCCUCCAAAACCAUCGCCGGUAUUCUCCUACCCGAGUCAUCCACCAAGCUGAAUUCGGGCAAGGUGAUCUCUGUUGGUCCUGGAUUGAGGACCAAUGAAGGGAAAACGAUCCCUCCAUCUGUCAAGGAAGGUGACACUGUGCUUUUGCCUGAGUAUGGGGGUACCCAAGUCAAGCUUGGCGAAAAAGAGUUUUAUUUAUACAGGGAUGAGGACAUCUUGGGCACUCUACAUGAGUGAUUGAUUGCUAGUUUUUGUAUUUGGAGCUUUAUUUAGGCAUUGGAUCCCAUGGAUGUAACUUAUAAACAUUGAAGAUUUUUAAUUGAACUGAGUGAAUUUUCUUUGGAAUAUGAUAAUGGAAAUUAUCUCUUUGUUGCA